AUGGGUCUUGGUCUUCCCAACGAUUUUGCGGAGAAGUUCCAUCCCAACGAGAAAGGACAUGUCACCAUGGCCAGCUUCGCAAUGGCUGAGGCAAUGGACCUUCGGUCAUUAGUGCUUGGCAUUGAUCCCCCUUCGUGUGAGGUUAAGGACCAGUUCAAAUGCUGGAACAUUGAACAGCCUGAUCAUGAGAAGGGUUGGGACUACUACAAGGUGUAUGAUGAAGACACACCCGAUGAGCAUGAGUUCAGGAUCUCGCUCAGCGAUGAUGGUGCAGAUUACGAUGUGAAUCAGUGCAUCGACUCCUUCAAGAAGCUCAUCCACAACUGCGACAACAAUCGGCGGUUGAACUGGAAGACCGGAGGCAAGUAUGUCCGCGACGACGGAGCCUACACUUAUGAAACCGUGGCCGCCGCCAGAGUACGCCCAAGGAACUUGUAA